AUGAUCUCUCGUAAUUUAAGAUCCAUAAGAAAUUGUCAAAGGACAUCAAAUCUUAUUAAGAUUUCAGCAAGAUCAAUCACAAAAACAGUCAGAGCUCCUGCUGCCGCUAGUGCUGCUGCUGCUGUAAGACCACAACCAUCUCCUGCCUUUAACGCAGAAACAAAUGGAAAUGGAGCUUCUAAUCGUCAUAAUUUCGCUACUGCAACCACUGCUCGUCCCCAAAAAAUCAAACCAGCAAUGGAUGACUCAUUCAUUGGUUUAACCGGUGGUGAAAUCUUUCACGAAAUGAUGUUGAGACAUAAUGUUGAUACUGUGUUUGGUUAUGCAGGUGGUGCCAUUUUACCUGUUUUCGAUGCCAUUUAUAACUCAGAUAAAUUUAAAUUCGUCUUACCUAGACAUGAACAAGGUGCUGGUCACAUGGCUGAAGGUUAUGCAAAGGCAAGUGGAAAACCAGGUGUUGUUUUAGUUACCUCCGGUCCUGGUGCUACCAAUGUCGUCACCCCAAUGCAAGAUGCUUUAAUGGAUGGUGUUCCAUUGGUUGUGUUUUCUGGUCAAGUCCCAACUUCUGCAAUUGGUACCGAUGCCUUCCAAGAAGCUGAUAUGAUUGGUAUUUCGAGACCAUGUACUAAAUGGAACGUUAUGGUUAAGAAUGUAGCUGAAUUACCAAGACGUAUAAAUGAAGCUUUCGAAAUUGCUACUUCUGGUAGACCAGGUCCAGUUUUAGUUGAUUUACCAAAGGAUGUUACUGGAUCUAUCUUAAAAGAAGCUAUCCCAAUUAACACUACUUUACCAUCAAAUGCAUUGAGUCAAAUCACUAGAAAAGCAGCAAAUGAAUUCACUGCUCAAGCUAUCAGAAGAUCAGCUGAUAUUUUAAACAAAGCCAAGAAACCCAUUCUUUAUGUUGGUGGUGGUAUUUUAAAUAGUGAAGAUGGUACUCAAUUAUUGAAAGAAUUAGCUGAAAAGGCCAGUAUUCCAGUCACUACUACUUUACAAGGUUUAGGUACUUUUGAUCAAAGAGAUCCAAAAUCCUUAGAUAUGUUAGGUAUGCACGGUUCUGCGGCUGCCAAUAUUGCCAUGCAAAAUGCUGACUGUAUUAUCGCUCUUGGUGCUAGAUUCGAUGAUAGAGUUACUGGUAACAUUGCCAAAUUUGCCCCAGAAGCAAAAUUAGCUGCCUCUGAAGGUAGAGGUGGUAUUCUUCAUUUUGAAAUCUCACCAAAGAAUAUUAACAAGGUUGUUGAAGCUACUGAAGCUGUUGAAGGUGAUGUCGCAACUAACUUGAAAUCAUUCAUUCCAUUAGUGAAUUCAGUUGAAUCUAGACCAGAAUGGUUAGGGCAAGUUCAAGCUUGGAAAGAAAAAUACCCAUAUGCUUAUCAAGAAGAAACUCCAGGUUCCCUUAUUAAACCACAAACUUUAAUUCGUGAAAUCUCCAAACAAGCAAUGACUUAUGACAAAGAAGUUAUCUAUACUACCGGGGUUGGUCAACAUCAAAUGUGGGCCGCUCAACAUGUUACUUGGACCAAACCAAGAACCAUGAUCACUUCUGGUGGUUUAGGUACUAUGGGUUUCGGAUUACCUGCUGCCAUUGGUGCCCAAGUUGCCAAACCAGAUGCAUUUGUUAUUGAUAUUGAUGGAGAUGCUUCUUUCAAUAUGACUUUAAUGGAAUUAUCAUCUGCUGUUCAAGCUGGUGCUCCAAUUAAAGUAUGUGUUUUAAAUAAUGAAGAACAAGGUAUGGUUACUCAAUGGCAAUCACUUUUCUACGAACAUAGAUAUUCUCAUACUCAUCAAUCAAAUCCAAACUUUAUGAAAUUAGCUGAUGCUAUGGGUCUUCAUGGUAUUCGAAUUGAAACUCAAGAACAAUUAGUUCCUGGUAUUAAAGAAUUCUUGGAUUGUAAAGGUCCUGUUCUUUUGGAAGUUCUUGUUGAAAAGAAAGUUCCUGUUUUACCUAUGGUUCCUGCUGGUAAGGCCCUUGAUGAUUUCAUUAUUUGGGAUCCUGAACUUGAAAAACAACAAAAUGAUUUAAGAAGAGAAAGAACUGGAGGGAAAUAUUAA